UACACACAUCAGACCAGACCAGUGGUCCAUCAGAGGAACACGUGAACCUGACCCAGGGUAGAAAGGGGUUUUCUUCCGAUUCAGCAUGUCAGGGGCAGAAACCAAGACAGAGAUCUUCACCGUAACUGAUAUGGGAGAGCUGAUGGGAGAGAAAGACAUGAGCAGCACAAACAUGAAGAGAAGCAUCUUUGAGCAGUAUGUGCAGCCCUGCCUGGCGGAGCUGUUUGGGACAUGCCUGUUUGUGUUUGUGGGGUGUGCGUCUGUUAUUGGGAAUGUGGGAACAGCUGGUGUCCUCCAGCCUGCUGUGGCACAUGGACUGGCAUUGGGAGUGGCGAUCAUGAUGUUUGGACAAAUUAGUGGGGGCCACUUUAACCCUGCGGUGUCCCUGAGCGCCUACCUGUGUGGAGGAAUGGAUCUUCUUCUGCUGGUGCCUUAUAUUCUGGCUCAGAUGCUGGGAGGGCUGGGUGGAGCUGGUUUGACCAGGGCAGUGUACCCCUUCAAUGUGUAUAAUGCUUCCUUUGGCGGUGCCUUUCACGUAGUCUCUGAUGAUCUGGCUACAGUCACACUGGCAGAGGUGAUAAUGACCACGUUCCUUACCAUAGUGGUGUGCAUGGGGGCCAUCAACAGUCAAACCCGCUCACCGUUGGCUCCGUUCUGCAUUGGCCUCACCGUGACAGCCAACAUACUUGCUGGAGGGAUGUUGUCUGGAGCCUGUAUGAACCCCGCCCGAGCCUUUGGUCCUGCAGUGGUUGCCAACCACUGGAACCAUCACUGGAUCUACUGGGUUGGACCCACUUGUGGUGCACUGACCUCUGUCAGCCUCAUAAGGUUUGUGUUUGGUGACAAGAAGACUCGAAUUGUGUUUAAGUGAAUGUCUAAUUUAUUAAAGAAGAGAGAGAAGACAUCCCGACUGACUUAACAAUUAGACUGUAAAAUUUAAAUAUGUCAGCUAAAUGUGUGUCCUAUAUAUAAUAUUAGUCCUUAAACUAGCUAUACUCCUACUCAAUGCCAUGUUUGUAUUUCUGUAUUCAAUAAAGUGUUUGAUGAUAUGAUAGGGAUCUGAUAGCUAAUCCUAAACUGGACUUUCAUGUUUGAUGAUAAUGCUGGAAAAGGUCUGCGGACAUUUGAUAAUAAAGUCCUUACAUACGA